GGGCGGCGGGGGAAGAUGGAGGGAGCCUCCUUCGGAGCCGGCCGGGCGGGGGGCGCCAUCGACCCCCUGGAUUUCCUCAAGCAGCCGCAGACCAUCCUCCGGGUGACGGCCUGGAUCUUCUCCAUCGUGGUGUUUGGCUCCAUUGUGAACGAGUGCUAUGUGAACAAGGACAGCCAGUCCCCCGAGCUGCUCUGCAUCUUCAACGAGAACGAGAGCGCCUGCAGUUACGGCAUCGCCAUUGGCAUCAUCUCCUUCUUUGGCUGCAUCUUCUUCUUUGUGGUGGACCUCCAGUUCCAGCAGAUCAGCAGCGUGAAGGACCGCAAACGGGCCGUCCUGCUGGACCUCGGCUUUUCAGGUUUCUUGUCCUUCCUGUGGUUUGUAGCCUUCUGCUUCCUAGCAAACCAGUGGCAACGGACGAAUAUGAGCAAAGGGGCUUUGCAAGGAGCAGAUGCUGCCCGGGCAGCAAUCGCCUUUUCCUUCUUCUCCAUCGUUGUCUGGGUCGCGCUGGCGGUGAAGGCGCUGCAGAGAUACCGCCUGGGGACUGACAUGUCGCUCUUUGCCACCGACCAGUUCGCGGCUGACCCCAACGCCUCGUACCCCGGGUACCCCACCGGCAGCGGCAUCGAGAGCACAGAGACCUACCAGAGCCCCCCGUUCACCGAGACCUCAGACGCCAACCCGAAAGGUUACCAAGUGCCAGCAUACUGAGGGCCGAGGGCGCCACGCGGCCGUGUACAAAUAGACCACGUCCUAUGGUGCAGUACAGUUAUUAACCGGUUGAUUGCAAAUGUAUUCAGUACCAUUUCCUUAAUGUGGCAAGUCAGUGCUGGGUUCCUUACUAUUAGCUAGUUGUGCAGUGAAUUCUGUACAGUGGUAUUGGUUCUUGUCUUACCUGUCCAAGGGUUUUAUAAAAGCAGUGUUCCCUCUAAGUCAGAAGGCAGGAAGGUCGCUACCACAGGUGGCACAAGACAAAUAAGUACCUUCCCUGAGGCUUGUUUUAACAGCAGGCUACGGGCGCCGGGUUCCAGUGAGUGCCUAGGAAAGUCAACAAUACCUUUUCCUGUUAGAAAACACAGUAGCUGAUGAGUUGGUAUUUAUCUCGUUCUUCCAGAGCUAACACAGAACUGGUCUCGUUGCAGCGAGCGUGGGUCCGCAGCGCUGGGAGCUGCUGCAGGGCUUCCCCGUACAGCGUAAAAGCAGAGUCCAAGGAAAGUGCCAAAUUUACAAAGACAUAAGCGGUGUCUGUGUUAACUUUUCUUUGUAUAUAUUUACUGUACAAAAACCAACCACGACAACCAAACAGGUAUUGCAAACAUAGUUUAGGAUGCAAGCAGCACGGGGGUGGAGGCACAGAGGUUUGGGGGUUGUGUAGAUUAUCCAAACGGCUUCUGUGCUUCCACACGGGGCUGGUGAGGGCACGAGAAGUUGCUGUUUGAAACUCGCUUUGGAAAACAGCUCAGCAAUAGUUGUCUGCUAAUUAGAAAUAGGCUUUUACCAGUGGAAAAUAUGGCGUGUUACAGUUCCACUUCUUCAUCGGGGGGUUGUUAAAGUUCGCAAAUUUACAAGUAGUUACCGAUUGGCAAUACUGAACACUUACUCACUCAAACCCAGAGCUGCCAUCACAAAAGGUGUGGGUGUCUCAGUGACUCAAAGUCGAAGUCAAUUAGCAAGCAGUAUAUAACGUGUAUUUUUAUACAGGGAGCAACCACCAUCUGUCGUAAUCUGCAGCAAAAACCUCAGGUGUGAGCGUGUGUUUGGCACUGCGGGCCCCGGCAAUGCGGAAUUCAAAGGGAGCACUGAAGAGACUCCAUAGGCUCUGAAGUCCACCCCGGGGGCGCACGCAGCCCAUGUUUGCACACAGCAGCAGAAUGCAGGCCAUGAAAAAAUGCCCACGACAGAGGCUGGGUUUUGGUUUCCAGCUGCGGAGUCACAGCCUUGGCUAAACCAAGGAAGUAUGAAAACCCAGUAGAGCCUCGUCAGCAGCCUGAGGGCCUUCAGGCACCUGGGUGCAGGGGGCAGUGAGCUGAGCUGUUUGCUGCUAGGAUUGAAGCAGCGUUGCUGAGGGGAGGAUUCCCGAGCGCCUCGGUGGGAGCUCUGUCCUCGGCAGCCCCGGCUCUCCUGGCUCGCGGUGCCUGGCUGCUAGGGAGGGAAUUUUUGCCUUGCUGCUUUAUGCUGGCAGAAGUCGUGUGUUGCCUUCUGACCUCCUGACAAGCAAUAGUUAAGGGACUGCCACAGCUGUUCUUGUAGCAAAAAUAAAUAAAUAAUAUUCCAGCA